UGAAGUGGCUUUUCCCCCAGCACAUGAAAUCCAACCUGUACCGCUUGUGCUACACGCAUGUGGGCCAGGACUUCUCCAUCUGUAAUUACUGGAAUGAUCCACAUCAUAGGGAUCUUUACCUCAACAACAGCAACUUCUUGGCUUUGCUAAAUGAUGAGAGACUCCAUCCCAACGCAUCUGCCUGGAAGAAAAACUUUCUGCGCAUCCGCAAGAUGGUUCUGAUUGGAGGUCCGGAUGAUGGCGUCAUCAUGCCUUGGGAGUCCAGUCUGUUUGCCUUCUACGAUGAUAAUGAAACAGUGAGAGAAAUGAAAUCUCAGCCGGUCUACCUCACAGAUGCCUUCGGCUUGAAGACCUUGGACGCUCGCAGCGACCUCGUCUUCUGCAUCAUGCCCGGCGUUUCUCACACGUACUGGCACUCCAAUCGCACAGUUUAUGACACCUGUGUGGACAAGUGGCUUACAUAGCUGGCGGAGCUUGAGAGGAAGCGGGCGGAGGAGAAGAAGCCACAGCCGAGACGCGCGCUGCAUUACCUCGCGAUGGGAUUUCUCCUCCUGCUUCAGACGAAACUCUUCUUACCUGUAGCUUUUCUAGAAUGGUUGGAAAAUUUCUUUCAUAGUGGAAGAUAACUUUUUCUGCAGGAAUCUGGUAGCUGGGCUGGGGAAUUCCAGGGAGAUGCGCUGAGUUGGAUUGCGGUGAUGUGGAGGAAUUGGGUCUUCCAUCUUUUAUCAGGUCUAGUGCUGUACUAGCUAUUGGGGGGGGGAGGGUUAAGGGGAAACACAUCUCUGAUUCAGCAUCAGAUAUUUGAGAAUUUUUUAAAAAUAGGAUGCCUAACUUGGCAAAAAGAGACUGAAAGAAGAAACCGAUCACACUUUGAUGUCAUCCAAAGCAUCAGGUGUCAUAUUUCCUAUUCCCAGCCCUCAUGCAGAAAUUUAACAAUAUGUGGAAAUUUGACAGCAUUUCCUUAUCAAAUCUUAAGACCUAACUUUGGGGGAGGGGGAAAUAUUUUCAAUUGGACCCUUUCCCAAUUUUUUACCUCUUCGCAACAACAACAAUGCAAUCUCACACUAUUUUUGAGAGAAAUUAUAUAACCAGGUAAACUAGCAAAAAAGAAAGAAAGAAAAAAAGAAAAUCCUUGGCAGAAAACUUUUAGGCUCACAUCAUUUUUGUUUUAUUUUUAUUUUUGUGGAGGUAACUUAACUGAUUGGCUCAAAUUUUGCUUUGCAGAGAAAUUGAGUCUACUGUGUUCACUUAACGAAAGUCUCGUUCCAUGGCCUUUUCAAAAUUCAAUGUAAACCUCUCCACAAAACCAUAGGAAAAUGUAGGGUUCCAGUUUACAGUACUGUAACUCUAAUAUGUUUCUUUGUUUGCAUAAGGAAGCCUGUUUCUCCUGUCCUGGAUCAAAGUCAGCAUUUAAAU